AUGUUAAUAAAUUGCGCCAUUUUCCAUCCUGGUCGGAAUUGUUUGAUGGAACAAAGAGAUUGGAACGAGCUGCCAGUUCACUGUCUGGUUGAGGUUUUUGGAAGAGUCGGAAUUGAAUCACUUGUAGAGACUUGUCCUUUUGUCUGCAAGUCUUGUUCCAAACAUCCGAUUCCUAGAUUGGAAUUAGACAAGGAUUCAUGGUCUGAUUGUUGUCUUGUGGUGCCACUUGAUCAAACCAAAUACGCAGAUGAGUCUUUUGAAAAGUUCGUUAAAUUUGCCAUCGGGCGUAGCCAUGGACUUGUAACCGCGAUUGUCUUUCACCCUAAAUCGCUUCUUAAAGAAGGCCAAAUUGCAUGGAUCGCUCAACGAUGUCCCUCUUUAAAGCUGUUGGUUUUACCGAGCUAUUUGAGCUAUGUGAUUAACUUUGAAGUCUCAAACUCUAUCUGCAACUGGAAAGAUUUAGAGGCUUUACAGAUUGCGUCCUUGAUCGGAUUGAAGAAAACCAUUGCCAACAUUACGUCUCAGCUGCCACACCUUAAGACGCUAGAUUUAAGGUUCUCAACCAUUGAAAGGAACACUCUAAUCAUGAUCAUAAAAGGGUGCCAGGAACUUGAGCAACUCGACGUUAGUAAGUUUAAAGGCGUGGCAGGCGACCAUGAGAUACAGGAACUUGCAAGUCGUAUUUGUGUAUUUAAACACGAAGGAUCUUGA